AUGGUGCUGUCGCUGAUGAGGGCCGAGACAGGCGCGAUUGCAGCGGUUCUCCCUCUGAAGUGGUACUCCAUCCCUCAGUGCUGGCGCUUUGAGACGACGCAGCGUGGCAGGAAGCGGGAACACUACCAGCGCCUGGGCGAAGAAUCUGGAUGGAUCGUGAAGCUCUACUACUUCAACGUCUUUGCCAAGGGCCCGGCCAUCGCGCUGGCGCUCUCGCACGGGAACCUGGACUGGGAAGGCAUCUUCCCCACGGCCUGGAAGGAGUUGAAGCCAACCACUCCCUUUGGUGAGCUGCCCAUGCUGGAGGUCCCGGGGCAGGGUCAGAUCGGCCACGAGUUGGCCAUCCUCCACUUCCUGGCGCGGAAGUGCCCCAAGCUGGCGGGCGCCAACGACGAGGAGUUCGCGGUGUCCUGCCAGAUCGCCCAGUCCGCGGAGGAUAUCUAUCAGAAAUUGGGCAAGUAUCAGAACACCAUCGGCGUGAAGGACAAGUGCAGCAUGGAGGAGCUCCGAGCUUUCUGGGAGGACAGCGACGAGUCCAAGCACGCCCGUGAUCGGGGCCUCUCAGCGCACCUGGCCUUCCUGGAGAAGUUCUACACCCAGGCGGCCGGGAAGUUCGGGAACCGGGGCGUCUUCACCAGCAACGGCGUCUCCGUGGGGGAGUGCAAGCUCUUCGCCAUCCUCCACUGCCUGGUGAUGAUCAAGGCCAGCGUGCUGCUCCCGUACCCGGGGCUCACCCAGUUCUACAACCGCUUUAAGAUGAUGGAGAAGACGCAGGAGAUUCUUAGCACCGGCGGCCGCUUCCCAGGGCCCUUCAAGCAGUAUUUCAUCGCCUGUCGGCGUGUCGGAGGCUGGGAGAAGGGAGACGGAACCAGUCGGCAGCUCGCUUUGUCGCAGCCUUUGCCUCUGGGACUGGUGACGGCGGAGGCGGAGCUGCUGGCAGCGGUGGUGGGCUUUUUCGAGAGCGUUGGCAUCACAUCCAAAGACGUCGGGCUCAAGAUCAACUCGCGCAAGGUGCUGGGCGCUGUGCUGAACUCGGCGGGCGUGCCAUCCGAAAAGUUUGCGGAGACUUGCGUCAUCAUCGACAAGCUUGACAAGAUUGGUGCCGACGAAGUGAAGAAGGAAUUGGCAAAGCAGGUGGGCCUGUCCUCGGAGGUGGCAGACACCAUCGUGGCCGCCACUGGCGCGAAGACCCUCGAGGAGUUCGCGGACAUCGCUGGGGUGGGGGAGAGCGAGGAGGUCCAGGAGCUCCGGCGGCUCUUCGCCCUGGCGGAGGACUAUGGCUACGCAGAUUGGCUGCAGUUCGAUGCUUCAGUGGUGCGAGGCCUGGCCUACUACACGGGUGUGGUGUUCGAAGGCUUCGACCGCGCUGGCGUGCUGCGGGCCGUCUGUGGGGGCGGGCGCUACGACAAGCUGCUGGAGCUCUAUGGCUCCAAGAAGGAGGUGCCCUGCGUCGGCUUCGGCUUCGGGGACUGCGUUAUCAUGGAGCUCUUGAAGGAGCGAAAUGUGCUGCCUUCUCUGCCGGCCAGUGUUGACAUGGUGGUGGCCGCCUACAAUGCCGACAUGAUGGGCAAGGCGAUGCCGCAUCUGCGCGGCAUAUUGCAGCAGCAGCGCAUCGUGACAAGCCGUUCUUCCGACUGCCACUCGCAAUGUGAAGAGGGCAGUUCCUUCAAUCACCAUGACCUGGUCUUUGGGAAGAAGAUGGCCAGCCGGCGGCUGAGCUGUGAGCCGGCCAUGCUCACGGAGCCAAGGCAGAAACCUGUGCCACGCGUCACGUGCCACGCGCCACGUUUGGCCGAUCUGAGGCUGCGGCAGGCGGGGAAGAGCGUGGACGUGUACCCGGACGCCGCGCGGAAGGUGAAGAAGGCCUUCAGAUACGCGGACAAGGCGGGGGGUGGUGGAGAUUUCGAGCCCCGUGCAACGACUGCGAUGGGUUCGAUUUGUUUUCUGCUCAAGACCAUGCGGCCAACGGGCGUGCUGAAAGCGAUUCUGGCAUGA